AUGCUGCUCUCAGCCUCCCUACUUGCUUUCGUCUCGAGUGUCCUGGCGGCCGCUGGCCCGGGGCACGCUGGCGAGCUCUCCCGACGUGCCGCGCCGGAUAGCCCGUCUGGUAGCUACCCGCCUGCCAAUGUUGACUGUCCCAGCACUCGCCCUACCAUCCGCGCGGCCGACUCUCUCUCACAGGCGGAGCGAGACUGGCUCAGGGAGCGUAGGCCUAAGACUGUCCAGCCCAUGAUCGACUUGUUGAGGCGCGGCAACAUCCCGGAUUUCGAUGCAGAGGGCUUCAUCAACAACCAUGCCAACAACUUCUCCGUAAUCCCCAAUAUCGGCAUCGCCGUAUCUGGUGGUGGCUACCGAGCGCUCAUGAAUGGUGCAGGCUUCAUUGCUGCUGCAGACAGCCGCGAGGCCGGGUCGACUGGUGCCGGCCAGAUCGGUGGUCUCCUCCAGGCCGCUACUUAUGUCUCGGCUCUUUCGGGCGGUGGCUGGCUCGUUGGCUCCAUCUAUGCCAACAACUACACCACUGUCACUCGGCUUCGUGACGGCUCUCCCGACUCGUCCGUGUGGAAGUUUGAAGAUAGUAUCCUGGGAGGCCCGGACGAGCCGGGCGUGUCAAUCCUUAACACGGCAGGCUACUGGUCAGACCUUGUGGACAAUGUGGACGACAAGCGCGACGCUGGUUACGCAGUUUCCUUGACCGACCCUUGGGGCCGUGCUCUAUCCUACCAGCUCAUCAAUGCGACCCAAGGAGGUCCCGCAUACACCCUCUCUUCCAUUGCGAAUGACGAGCGCUUUGCUAAUGCCGACACCCCUUUCCCCAUCAUUGUAACCGUGGAGAGGGCGCCCGGCAAUGACAAUCUGGCUUUGAACAACAGCGUCGUCGAGUUCAACCCCUACGAGAUGGGCACCUUUGAUCCCACGUUCUACGGCUUUGCGCCGACUAGAUAUCUUGGAUCACAGUUCAACCGUGGUGAGAUCAACAGCACUGGCCACUGUGUCCGUGGACUGGAUCAGCUUGGAUUUGUCAUGGGCACCAGCAGCAGUCUAUUCAACUACGCUCUGAUCGAGCUGACCAAUAGCAAUGGCGAGUCUGAGGUCCCCACCGUUGUCCUCAACAUGGUUGAGGGCAUCUUGGAGACUAUCAGCGGCGAGAGUAACGAUGUCGCCGUGUGGGAGCCUAACCCAUUCCGUGGCUACCACCCUGGCAUCAAUCGCAAUGCCAACCGAGAGUCUCUGAUCCUGGUGGAUGGUGGCAUGGCCCUCGAGAAUAUCCCUCUCCAGCCGGUCAUCCAGCCCAUGCGCGCUGUAGAUGUGGUAUUCGCCGUCGACUCAUCCGCCGACACAGAGUACUAUUGGCCCAACGGUACUGCUCUCCGCGCCACAUACGAGCGAAGCAAACAAGACGUCGCCAAUGGAACCAAUUUCCCAGCGGUGCCUGGUGCCAACACGUUCAUCAACCUUGGUCUGAACAGGCGGCCGACCUUCUUCGGCUGUGAUGUUUCGGAAUUUCGGGGUGGUCAUGUUCCUCCUCUGAUCGUGUAUGUGCCCAAUGCCCCAUACACAAUCAACAGCAACAUCUCCACCUUCCAGAUGUCGACGGAGGUCGAGGAGAAGCUCCGGAUUAUUCAGAACGGAUGGAAUGUUGCAACCAUGGGCAAUGAUACGGUGGAGUCUGACUGGACUACUUGCCUGUCCUGUGCGGUCUUGAGCCGCAGUCUCCAGCGCACCGGCACCACCAUCCCCGCGGCCUGUAAUACCUGCUUCCAGCGUCACUGCUGGAACGGGACGGAGAACGAGGCUACACCCACUGCCGAGCCGACUUUUAUCAUCGGCGAUGCGGCUGCUACUGCCAACCCUCAGAACGCCGGCGUGACGUUGCGCACAUCGAGCAUGAGUCUCGCCGUUGCUGUCCUCGCCGCGCUCUUCCUCGCCUAG